AUGAAUGAAAUUUUAACAACAAAUGAGGCAUUUAAAGUAGUGUUUUAUCCAGCUAAUGUUAUUGAUUAUUUUAGAAUGGCAAGUCUUUACAUUUCUGUAAUGUUUAAUGGUGUAGGAUUUGUUUGUAUUUAUUCACUUUCAGUUCUAUUAGAUUAUUUUGAUGGAAUGGUUGCUAGAAGUACUGAAAAGACUUCUGAACUUGGUAAAAUACUUGAUAUGAUUACUGAUAGAAUUAGUACUGUAGUUAUACUAGUUAAGGCGAUAGCUUUAGAUAAUUCAUUGUUAUUUAAUGGACUGACUUACAUAGUCUUUGAUUUGUUUGGUCAUUUGUUUUAUUUUAUUGGAUGUCUUCUUAAUAAAAGUCAUCAUAAACAACCUAAUAAUGCUAUACUUGCCUUAUACUAUAAACAAUAUGUACUUUACACUCUAUGUUUAGGUUCUGAGAUUGGUUUUAUUGUUAUUUAUAUAAUCAGUUAUAUUAAGACAAGAAAAGAAUAUCGUUAUUCUAGUAGAAUUAUACAAAUUUUAGAAUCUUUAGAAUUUAUUGCUAAGAUUUUAAUAUUUUCUAAAUUCAUCACUAAUUUAGCACAGAUGUAUUGUGGUAUUUUAGGGUUGGCAGAAUUGGAGAGUAAAUUUGGUUUGGUUGAAUUAAAUAAAGAAGGACAAGAUAGGAAAGUUAAAGUUUAA